AUGUCUACUAACGAAAGCACAAGCGAACAGGGAUGCAAGUCCACCGAAUCUGCGUCCGGCACGACAGCGGAGCUGAGUGAGAAUGCCGGCAAUAUCGAAGGCUUUACAAUGAACAUUAGUGAAGAGUUUGUUGAAAUUUAUAAAUCAUCUAUUAAUCUUGCAAAAGCCGCGAACACAAUAGUCCAAGAUUUUUCACGCAGGUUGGAUAUAUUAUAUCAAAGUAUAAUUAACGCAGAAGAUGCAAAUCCGGAUGAAGUUGCGACUCUUGCAGACGCUUAUCUAUUUCUGUCUAAUUUAUAUAUUUUUGAAAGUACUAAAAAAGAAAUAACUCUUGCUGAGCUUGCUAUUACGAAAUGCAUAGAAUUAUUAAAAAGAAGAGAGCUUGGUCACAAGUUUAUUUUGACAGCUGUAAACGCGUAUUAUAAUUUAGGCGUUUUAUACAAUGAACAAAAUAAGCAAGAAUUAUCUAUGAUGGUUUAUAAUACAGCAUUCGAACUAUAUUCGACGUACAUAAAGGAAGAAAUAUAUCCGGCUCCACUUUACAUUGCAUCGUAUUUAGGCCUUGUAAAUGUGGAUCCACAAGAUUUACUGGAUAAAAGAAGCAUAAUAGUUAUGCAAGCCUUAUUGAUUGGGUAUGGGAAUUUAGAUAAAAAUACAGAGGCGGAUCGAAUACAUAUGGAGAAAAUUGCAAUAUGUCAACAUGAGAUACUGAACAAAAAAUUAAAUAGUACUUUAUUAUUAGCUACAGAUUAUAAUAUGUGGCUAUUAAUAGCACUGACCUUAUCCCAAUAUUUUGUAACGCGUAAUCGUUUUACUGAGGCCAGAGAUCAUCUUGCUGUUGCUUCACUCAUGGCAAAGCUAUUUUAUGAGAAGGCUUACAUGAAAAUGGACGAAUCAGAAAAUGCAAGUAAGAAAGCUUUUUUGUAUGAUAUGUAUCAACAGAUAUCAGCUGACAUAGCUAUAUAUUGGGCAAGAUAUGGAAUCCAACUUUUACGAUCAUCGCAAGAAAGAAUUUUGAAUGGUAUAGAAAAUAAACUUUGCGCGGUAUGUAAUUUAACAACACUAUCUAUAGUAACAUCUAGCGAGGACGAAUCUAAUAAAUUAUUAAUAUUCGCUGACGAGAAAAAUGAUCUGCAAGAAUUCACUGCUACCAUCACGGAUAAAUAUUUCUCAAGUUAUACCGAAGCUUUAGUGAUUUUUGAGAACGUUAUGAAGUAUCUUAACGAAGCAAAAAUGUAUUAUAAUAAUAAAUGUAUUAAUUAUAAUGUUGAGAAGCAUCUAAAAUCAUAUGUGUGGACUACAUUACUCAUCUCGCAGGGUAUACGUAAUAAAUAA